AUGAUGCUCCUCCUCCUCGCCAUCCGGCUUCUGCUCCGGGAAUGUGUGGGGAUGAGCCCCCUCCCAAACUGCCUGCUUCUCCCGGAAGUGGAGCUUCUGCGCUGGAUUGCUGCUCUGCCCCGCAGCUCUAGGGGCGCGCGCUUUCGGAAAGGGGAGGAGGGGCGGCAGGUAAAUCCCCCCCCCCACGUGGAUGUUGCAGGAAGGGAAAGGAAAGGAGAAUCGCGAGCGAGGACAAAGAGGUAAAGGGGUCUCGGGUGGGAGGCGAGAGAAGGAUCCAGAGACCUCCUCCAGCUCCCCAAAGCGCCUUUCGUGGAUCUGAAUCCCUGCACGCGUUCUGCGAAGGGGUUUUCCUUGGACCCUUAGGAAGCCCACCCAGGGGAUCCCAACGAAGCCCCCUCGCCCCAUUUCCCCGCGCAGGCAUCCCUGGGGCGCUGUGGGUUCCGCGCGGAGAGAGGUGGGCCAUGAAAGGGUUAACGGGAGUGAGGGACGCCUGGAUAGAGACCCCCCCUGUCCCUCCCCUGCUCGUCUUGGGGGGCCCCUCCGGACGGAGAGAUGGGGGCGCAGGGCGUGGGGUAAGCCGCGCCAAGGGGGCCCUCUGGGUGCAGCGGAGACUCUGGGACAGAGGGAGGGAGUCGAGGAAGUGGGGAGGGGGAGCAUCCCUGGGGCAGGGAAGUGCAGCAAUGGGGGAGAGAGCGAGAGCGAGCGCUAGGAAGACCAGUCUUUGGGGACACAUCUCCAUCAUGGCGCCCGCGGGAAUUCUCUGGAGGGGCCGCCUUCGCUUCUCCCUCCCACCCAGGAAACGGCCACCCCUUCAAGGCGACCAGAGAGGGAUCCCUGGAAAGUGGGGGGGUCGUGUCCCCACACCCGUUCCUUCCUGCAACCUCUAUCCUCUUCCCACCCCAUAG